UGUAGGACAUUUAGUUAACAGAUAAAUAAAAUUGACAUUUUUGACUUGGAUAUUUGUUACAUUUCAGGGUACUCGGGAUUUCUCAAAAGAACAAAUGGCUAUAAGAAAGAAAGCCUUUUCAAUUAUAGAAGAUGUUUUUGAGAGGCAUGGUGCUACAGCUUGGAUACUCUGGUAUUUGAACUAAGAGAGAUUUUUACAAAAAAAAAAUAUGGGGAAGAAGUUGAUAUUUGAUUUAUGACAUUAACUUUCUAUAUGUUUUUUAAAAUUUUUAUGAAUUAAUUGCUUCUAAUUUGUCACAACUAAGGUUUUGUGAUGGUCUAAUUGGUUGUUAGGGUGGGGAGCUUUGUGACUUAAUUGUUCCUUUUGCUAGAUUUGUGGCUAUGAAUGGCAUAACAUCCUUCAUAGCAAAGGUUUGCAGAAGAGACAACCCAUCUAAAGGAAGAUAUCAUGAAUUUUAUCAAUGUGAUUUUGAUAUUGCUGGUCAAUUGAAAGAAUGGGGCCAGAUUUUGACCGAAUUACUGGAUGAACUGGAAAUCGGAAAAUAUGAGAUAAAAUUGAAUCAUUUGAAGUUACUAGAUGGAAUGUUAGAAAUUUGUGGAGUUCCCCCCGGCAAGUUUAGAACUAUUUGUUCAAGCAUUGACAAGUUAGACAAGCAACCUUUUGACCAGAUUAAGACAGAAAUAGUAAGGAUUUCUGCACAUAUUUUUGUGUUGCAAUUUGGUUUUUUGCACUUGUUUAGAGGAUCAUCAUGCCAUUUUUCUCACAUGGGUUUUCUCAUAUGUUGUUACUUUCAUUUAUACUGCUUUCGGUUUGAUCUGUUGAUUGGUUGAUUGGUUUUUACAGUUCAUAUAUGAUGUUACGAUCGGAAAGUCAUUGUUCAGGCUUAAGUUUGAUUUUAUAGAUGUGUUAGUCACUUCGUGUUUUCAUGUUUUGUCAAAAAAUGUUAGUAAUUGUUUUCCCUUUAGAAAACAACAUUUUGUAAUAAUUAAUAAUUCAAAAAUUGUAAUAUUUUAUAGUGAAAUUGGGACAUCUCAAUUGUAUAAUUAUCUAGUUAAAGAAACACACCAAAAAUUAUUUUACAUAGUUUUAUAUUUCUUUUUCUUUACUUGCAAUUGAUUUUGAGUGCUUUUUAAAUGUCACUGAUA